AUGAGCGAAAUUCGCAAAAAUGUGGUGGCCGCAUGGCUGCUCCUCUACCUGUUCAUUCCUGUGGUAUUGAAUCUAAAACUAGUUUGUGGUCGCAUUCCUAUGGGAUCGCAGGGGCCCCCAAACUGGAGGGCCCCUACCUUCGAUACCAAUUUCGCUCUCAAUCUGCUCAACUUUGCACAACAACUCCUGUCUGCUCCCAGGAAUUGCUACUAUCAGGGAAACAGCUAUUCCUGUGGUCUCAGCGUAGGUUGCUGGUUCCAGGGCAAGCGAUCGCUGGAUCUCUGCAGCGGAGGUGUUGUCUGGUCGUGCUGUGUGCCAAAGAACGCCGAGCCCAACAAAGUGGCCGUCGUCCAGUCCGCAACUUGCGGCAAAACCUACAUAAGAGAUUCAAAAAUCGUUGGCGGGGAAAAUACUACGUUCGGACAUCAGCCUUGGCACGUUGGCGUGAUCAAGAGGGCUCUGAUGUCACAGAAGAUCGCAUGCGGCGGCGCGCUCAUCCAUGAGAAAUGGGUCAUUACCGCGGCGCACUGUGUCUACAAGACACCAGCCACGACGUUACGGGUUAGGGUCGGGGAAUACAACAUCCGGGAAAUCUCGGAACAGUUUCCACACGAGGAAUACAGUGUCAAGCGAAAAGUGGUAAAUGAGGACUACGAGCCCGCCACCUACCGGCACGAUAUUGCACUACUGGAACUCUCCCACCCCGUGGUGUUCCGGAAACACAUCGUGCCCAUCUGCCUCCCAGAGAAGCUGGAGAACUUCACAGGGAAGUUGGCAACCGUCACGGGAUGGGGCCGAACGAGUUACGGUAGAAGAACGCCCCCAACUGUUCUACAGAAGGUGAACGUCGAAGUCAUUGGCACGGACACCUGUCAGGAAUGGUUGAAGAUUGCAGGUCGCAAAGAAACUGUCUACCCCACCAUGGUUUGUGCUGGCUACAAAGAAGGUGGGAAAGACUCAUGCCAAGGCGAUUCUGGUGGGCCACUGACAAUCCGAGAGGAUGGUAGAACAACCCUUAUCGGCCUCGUGUCUUGGGGGGUGGGCUGUGCCCGCCCAAAUCUUCCCGGAGUCUACACCAAGAUAACAGAAUAUUUGGACUGGAUACAAAUUCAUUUGCGUUCUUGA